CUCCCAGUUGCUCGUACAAUGUUGUUAAUUAUGGAGACCUGCAAGCUGCUGGUGAGGAGCCCUUAACACAAGCGAGAAUUAAACGCACGUAUCUUCAAACCCACGUAGCUUACAUUCCUUAAACACGCAGCUCGCCAUCUGAGAAGGACGCAACUUAUUUGCCGUGCAGGUGGGGAGAGGACGGUGGAGGAGGACACCGGGCUGUGAGCUAGUGCCGGACGCCUGCAGGCCGUGUGAGGCAGGAUGAGCUCAAUGCCACGCUGCUGCUGCUGAAUGGACCGGGGUCUGCAGUGAAGAUGCGUUGCCUGGCAGCACGGGUGAACUACAAGACUCUGAUCGUGAUCUGUGCCGUCUUCACCCUCAUCACCAUACUGCUGUGGAACAGGUGCGCCAUAGACCCCGCCCCCCGCCCCGCCCCCAGGCUGCCACCCUCCGCCACUCCCAAGGACAACGGCAACCCCCAGCAGCCGCAGCCGCCGGAGCCGCCCCCCAUAGCGGGGGGGAUCAAGUACGAGGAGAUCGACUGCCUGAUCAACGAUGACGUCACCAUCAAGGGCCGGCGCGAGGGCAGCGACGUGUACCUGCCCUUCAGCUGGGUGGAGAAGUACUUCGAGGUGUACGGCAAGCUGGUGCAGUACGACGGCUACGACCGCUUCGAGUUCUCCCACAGCUACUCCAAGGUGUACGCCCAGCGCGAGCACUACCACCCCGAUGGCGUCUUCAUGUCCUUCGAGGGCUACAACGUGGAGGUGCGCGACCGUGUCAAGUGCAUCAGCGGGGUGGAAGGUGUGCCCCUGUCCACGCAGUGGGGCCCGCAGGGCUACUUCUACGCCAUCCAGAUCGCACAGUACGGCCUGAGCCACUACAGCAAGAACCUGACGGAGCGGCCGCCCCACGUGGAGCUGUACGACACGGCCGAGGAGCCCGACAGCCGCCCCAGCGCCUGGACCGUGCCCAAGGGCUGCUCUCUCACGCGCGUCUAUGACAAGAGUCGUGCCACCACCGUGCGGCAGUUUAGCACUCCAGAGAAUUCUGAGGGCAUCUCCCUGCCUCUGGGUAACUCCAAGGACUUCAUCAUCUCCUUCGACCUGAAGUUCGUGUCCAACGGGAGUGUGUCAGUGGUGCUGGAAACCACAGAGAAGAGCCCCCCGUUCGUCAUCCACUAUGUCACCAGCACGCAGCUCAUCGCCUUCAGGGACCGCGACAUCACCUACGGGGUGGGUCCCCGGAGCGCAUGGAGCAGGGUGACCCGGGACCUGCUGACGGACCUGCGCAAAGGCGUGGGCCUGUCCAACACCAAGGCUGUCAAGCCCACCAAGAUCCUGCCCCGCCGGGUGGUCAGGCUGGUCCUGCAGGGGCGCGGCUUCAUCGACAACGUCACCAUCUCCAGCACUGCCCACACCGCUGCCUUCUUCGCCGCCAGCGACUGGCUGCUGCGGAACCAGGACGAGCGGGGCGGCUGGCCCAUCAUGGUGACCCGCAAGCUGGGCGAGGGCUUCCGGGCGCUGGAACCGGGCUGGUACUCCGCCAUGGCACAGGGCCAGGCCAUCUCCACGCUGGUGCGGGCGUACCUGCUGACGCGGGACUCCGCCUACCUCAGCGCCGCCCUGCGGGCCACCGGGCCCUUCCGCCUGCCCUCGGAGCAGCACGGUGUCAAGGCUGUCUUCAUGAACAAGUACGACUGGUACGAGGAGUACCCCACCACGCCCUCCUCCUUCGUCCUCAACGGCUUCAUCUACUCCCUGAUCGGCCUGUACGACCUGGCGGAGACGGCAGGGGCGGAGCUGGGCCGGGAGGCGGGCGUGCUGUUCAGCCGCGGCAUGGAGUCGCUGAAGGCCAUGCUGCCGCUCUUCGACACGGGCUCCGGGACCAUCUACGACCUGCGGCACCUGGUGCUGGGCUCCGCCCCCAACCUGGCGCGCUGGGACUACCACACCACCCACAUCAACCAGCUGCAGCUGCUGGCCUCCAUCGACAACGCGCCCAUCUUCAGGGACUUCGUCAAGCGCUGGAAGAGCUACCUGAAAGGCGGCCGGGCCAAGCACAACUAGAGCCCUCCUCUAGCCAUGAGGAGGCGCCAGAACACUUCUCCCCUCGGACGCUAGCGGGGUGGGGCGAGGGGCGAGACGCCGGCUGGGAGAACGAUGUCGCAGGGCAGGCGAGGGCGGAUGCGCUCAUUGCUCACUCCUCUCGGUUGUGGUCCAACAGAUGUGUGUUAGAGCAGUGUUUCACAGGUCACCGAUGUUGCUGCGGAGUGUGUGAGUGUGUGUGUGUGUGAGUGUGCGUGUGAGUGUGAGUGUGAGUGUGUGUUAGAGAGCGAGUGUAUAUCUGCUUCAGACAUUUAUUUUUACAGGAAACUGGUGCAGGACACAGGACAAACAGACUGCCUCAGGUGCAAAGUAAAGAUGGUCUUUUUUGUUCAGAAUACCACACAGCGUUUUCUUACAUCCUGCUGACCGGCCUGACUUCAACAUUUAGACUGUUCAGAGCGGAAACUUCACUAGGCCAUUGGACAUCUUAACCCCAAAGAGACAAAUAAACACAGUACAUUUUCAAUUUAUGCCAGACAUUGGAAUCCCAGCAUGCCUUGUUGUUCUGUCUGGAGUCCCACAGGUCCAGGUGUUGUUUCAGGUAUGUCUCUGCCGCGGGCGAUUGUGAUUCGAUGUUUUUUUUUCAGAUGGGUAAGGAUGGAGUAUAUUACACACUCUAAAUUCAGAAGGGCCACCUGAUGUCACAGUGGUGGGUAUAAGUCAGCCCAGCUAAACCUGUUGUUAUUGAAAUAUGUUGCUCCAUUAGAUGCAUUUAAUGUGCCCCUGAGCAUUGAGACUAGGGCAUGGACUUCUGUAGGCCAUACCCCCUCUCUGCAGCGCUGCCAUGAAUCUGUUAUCCCAGGUCAUUGCUCACACUCAGCCAUCAGGGCUCUGUAUAUUACUGUCUGAAUUAAAGCUGCAGACUCUGGAGGUGCUAAUCAGUUCAGUUGAGGGUUUCAGUCUCUGAUAGAUUGGUCUGUGGAAAUGGGUGCUUUUUAGCAUUAUGUCUGAGUUUCUCAGAGGAAUCAGUACAGCUCCCCGGGGUGCUGUCUGAUCACUGUACACACAUCCUUCAGUGACCCAGGAUCAGUAAACGGCUGGGUGGAUGAGAGCCUGACUGUGCAGGCGGCUGAUCUGGGAUUGGUCGGAUUAGGCUUGGAUUACUAAAGGAGGAUUACUCUGUGCUCUACAUCUGGACAGGAAGUGAGGAGGCUACUUUAACAGGCAUCUCUGAGAGCUGCAUUAACACACACUGCCUAGACCAUGUAGCCUAACACCACCUGUAACAUGUAGCCUAACACCGCCUGUAACACAUAGCCUAACAUUAUCUGUAAUAUGUAGCCCAGCACUGCCUGUAACAUGUAGCUCAACACCACCUGUAACAUGUAGCCCAACACCGCCUGUAACAUGUAGCCAAGCACUGCCUGUAACAUGUAGCUUAACACUUGCUAUAACAUGUGGCCAACACAUGCAACAUCAGGCAGGCAAACAUAUAACUAUACAGCUGUAACUGGAGUAAAGAUUGGAGCCAGGGACCUCCAUCCCAUAACUGUAGGUUCCGUUUCAAUUUAAAGUUUCCCCAAACACAGAAGACCCUUCCUGACCCUGUGAUGGGGUCUUCAUUCUCCAGGUACCCGAAGGUGAGCAUGUUUAAAAAACCCUCCAGAGUGUGCUCCCCUGCUGUGUCGUGUGAGACAGGAAAUGAAAUUGGCUCCCCACACAUCAAGUCAGCCCCAUACAGCUAUAUGAUGGAGCAUGAUAUACCAUUUUGGUUGGUAAUAGUGGAGGCUGUAGGACUGCAGAGUGGCAGUGACUCUGCAUACAUGCAGGCAGCUGCAGCUGUGGCUGCUGACCUCUGCCUACAUCCACACCAGCUCUGUGCUGUAAGCCCGUCAGCUGGCUGUGCUCUCUUACUGAAAUAGCUCUCAGUGCUCUGGAGUCUCACCCAGCUUGACUGAGCUCUGUUCGCUCCUAUUGCAGGGCUUCAGGCAGACGGCCACUGGAGCUCUAAUGACAUAAUUAAUAUUAUAUCCAGAUACUGCAGAAUAAUUUGAAUGGAGUUUCAGGAGCUGUGAAACAUUGAGUCUCUCACUCUCUCUUUCUCUCUCUCGUCAGUAAAUUGCUGACUAGCUUUUUAAAGCACAGACAUCUGAAUCUUCAGUACAUGGAUCUUUAAUUCCAGAGGUCUUGGGCUGGGUGUUAAUGCUGAUUGGACACUGUGACAGUGUAACCUCAUGGAGGGGUUGGCUGCACCCAUGUGGAGGUUGUGGUCAUGAGUAGUGAGAUAUGAGAGUGCAGUGAUGGCAGGGACCAGGGCAGUGGAGGAUUCUGGGAGAAUACACACAUGCUCACUGUCUCCUUUUCAAGAUUUCGAAACCUUUUAAGUUGUCUUUGGUACUGCAGUCUCUCUGGGCACUUCCCUCUGAUGUAAUGAGCAGCUUUCUGACCGUUGUGUUGACCAGGAGUCUGUGGUAACACUACACUCAUGUCAUUAUCCUCUGCCUCAUGCAGCAUGAGGAACAGGAAGCCGUUUUAAUAGGGCGAAGGGGGUGGAGUCUAAUGGGUCAAAACGCUCAAAUCGCAUGCUGCACGUUCCAAAGUUGAGGUGUGUCUGUGGUUUCAUUAUGUUCCAAAUGGAGAAGGACACACUGAGUUUAGAAUGGAGAGAGAGGCUGACUGAGUUUUCACGACGUUCAGAAUGGAGAACGACAGCUUGCACUGGUUGUGUCUCGGGGGUUUCCAUGGUACGUUUAAUUAUUAAUCAGAUGUAGGAAUACAGAUGUGUCUGAGAAAGAAGAGCUGUGAACAGCUUCUUAAAGGGAAACAAGCUGCCUUUUACUAAACUAUUUUUUUAUAUUUAGAUGCUGUAGAAUAGAGUGAAGGGAUCUUGAUGGCAGCAAUCAAAGGGGAUAUGUGCAACAGUGGAGUCAGGAUUCAGUUAGGAUCGUAGGAUUUAAAGGGAAAAUUGACUCCGGUGCGAUAGGGUGGGGCUAAUGAGCUUUUUGUGUGUUAUUUUAUCAUCAUGGAAUCAUACACUGCGGGUAAGCUGUUGGGGCGAAUGGCUCAAAAGCACAACUAGCUCCACGGCGUGAUUUCUUCUUUUGAGUGGGCUGCUCAUCGUCUUCGGACGAUGUGCAAAGCCUUUCUACUAAAGCUGCUGCUGUUCAUGGUGUCAUUGAUAAUUUAACAGCCCUUUUCUUUCCUCUAUCUCUGUAGUUUCCACUCUUCACCAGUUUGAUGUGUGGCUGCAG